AUGAUGAAGAAGGCUAGCAUAAUUCAGGACUUGGUAUCUAUAUGCUACAAAGAACUCAAGAGUGAUAUGUCGACACGAAGCGGCGCCGGCGCGUUAAGGGCGCGCCGCGGGCACAAGGAACGGUCCAAGAACUUCACCGAGCUGGAGAAGAGGACCGUCCUGGAGCUCAUCGCCAGGCAUCGAGACGUGCUGCGGCAGGGACGGUCUAACAACGCGACCAACCGGAGCAAACAGUUGGUGUGGUCCACUAUCUGUUCCGAAGUGAACGCCCGCUGCGGGGGCGAGCGGCCGCGGACCCCGGCGCAGGUCAAGAUGUGGUACGAGAACUAUAAGAAGAAGUGCAAGAUGCGCGCACACGACACACAGCCGCCUGCCUCCGACCCGCCCGGUCUGCUGGACGGAAUGCUCUGGCAGAGUAUACAUCCUCUAGACGUUAAAGAAGAGGAGGGUGAAGCAACUACCAGCGCGGACGCUCUCAGUGGGAAAGACGACUACGGGCCCGUUAACAUGUCUAACGGGCGUCUAUCAACGAACGACAGUGACGACACGACGCCUAACGUACUGGAGCCUCAAGUUCAGAUCAUCCCGCAGUCACCCCCCGCACCCCACCUGACACCCCUCGCACCCCUCACCCUCAACACCCUCCCCAUACUGACCAACCCGCUCCAAGCGAUAGAACAGGCCAGGCUACAACAGAAGCUGCUCCACAAACUGAACGAUCUACCAAACACGCCGCUCAACUUAAGUCACUUGGACCACCAAGGAGAGAGAGAGAGGUCCGAGGAAGCGAGACAGGAGACGAGCUCUGUAUGCGAAGAAGAGAGACUCUAUUACACAGCGAAGAGACAACACGCGCUGUGGGAACACGAGGCGAAGAUGAAGAUACUAGACAUGGAGCUGAGGCAGAAGGAGGAGAUCUUCUCACUGCAAAAACAACUCUUCCUCAUCGAGCUAAGGUUGAAAAUGGACUUUUUAGAGAAAGCCGGCAACAAAUGA